AUGAAGUCUCUCAUCAGUACAGCCGUUGUUUCUGCGUUGUCACUCUUUACCCAAAGAGCAUCAGCAACACUCGCAACCUACUGCACCGGUGACUCCAACGACGUGUGCUACAGCUGGGGCGUCCCAGAAUCGACAGCCUCUUCAGGCUCUGGCAACAUCUUCUUCCGCCUCGAAGCUCCCGCCGAUUACCAAUGGGUCGCCCUCGGAACUGGGACUGGCAUGAGUGGCUCCACAAUGUUUGUCAUGUACCAAGAUGGCUCUGGGAACAUCACCCUAAGCACAAGAAAGGGACACGGCCACGAGAUGCCUGAGUACAGCACUUUCCAAGGUGUCAAGUUACUUGAGGGAACCGGAGUGUCCAACAAGACAAUGAUUGCCAAUGUACAAUGCAAUGGCUUUACACACAUGGACUUCUCCGGGUCUAACGACUGGAUUGGGGCCUGGAAGAAAGGCCAAGCUUUGGACUCUGCUAGUGUUCGCGCCACCAUCGAGGAGCACGACGGCACGGAUAGAUUUUCAGUGGAUUUCGCCAAAGCUACUAUCACCUCUGAUGGGAACCCCUUCACAAAGACAUCGAGCAAGACGCCUAGUUCUACCUCUGGCAACGAUGCUGUCUCUGGCGGCGGCGGUGGCGAAGACCACAGUGGGACCAUUCAUGGCAUUAUCAUGUCAAUAGUCUUUCUGAUUGGAUUCCCCAUUGGAUCUCUGCUGAUGCCUCUGAUUGGAAAAUGGCUUGUCCACGCUGGGUGGCAGAUCAUGGUCUUUGUAGGCAUGUGGGUUGGGUUUGGGAUUGGCAAGAUUGCAGCCGAUAAAAACGGGCAGUGGUUGAAUGAACCUCAUGUCCAACUUGGUCUGGCCGUCUGUAUCUUGAUGAUCCUGCAGCCUGUGCUAGGUUGGUUGCACCACCGCAACUACGUCAAGUAUCAGAGGCGAACACCUGUUAGUCAUGGGCAUCUUUGGUACGGGAGGGCCUUGAUGACUGUUGGCAUCAUUAACGGCGGUAUUGGAUUGCAACUGGCUUCAGCCUCUACAGGCCUGAUAGCAGCAUAUUCUGUGGUAGGCAUCAUCAUGUUCUCAUUGUAUGUCGUGGGCGCUGUUCGUAAAGAGAUAGCGCUGCGCAAAAAGAGCAAGGGGAUGGAGCAACUGGGGACCAGCUCCAACAGUGCCCUGGAGCUGGUGCCAUAA